GCUGUCAGCAGGGGAGGACCCCGCUAUACAGUAGCACAGUCAUGUGACUCCGAGCUCUCGCUGAAAAGAUCUUGCACAAGUGAGAGCUUUGCAGUUCCAUAUCAAUGACCGAGCACACGGCUGCAGGGCUGGAGGCAGGCAAAGCGAGCGCUCCAUAGAUCACCCAAAGGGGGGUGUGCGAACAUGUCUCAGAGGUGGUUCGACCGAGUUCGGGUACCCGAACCUGCCGGGACGGGGAUGCACAGAGCUAUGCUGGUCAAGUCCGCCUCCAUGUACUCUGAUAUACAGAGGGACCCACCUGAUAUAGGAAGUAUUCUUGCUAAUCCUGAUUAUCUGGAGGCAAACACUGAACUCAUCAAACCUAAGAAAAUCCAGAAUCCAGUCAAAGCAUCCAGAAGUCACCAGGAGCUCCACCGGGAACUGCUAAUGAACCAUCGAAGGGGUCUGAGUAUUGACAAAAAGCCAGAGCUCCAAAGAGUGUUGGAGAAUCGACGGAGAGACAAGGUCAUCCAGCAGAAGAAAGAGGAAGAGGAAAUUAAGAAGAUGCAGUCGCCAUUUGAACAGGAGUUGUUAAAGAGACAGCAGAGACUGGAACAGCUUGAAAAAGAACAAGAAGAACCUAAGGAAGAUAGUCAUGCCCCGGAAUUUAUAAAAGUGAAAGAAAACUUGAGAAGAACAGCCACACUACCCAGCGAUGCCCGAAUGUUGUAACGCCAGUGGGCUUGAAGUUUUCUGUCGAGCUGAAUUCGUCAUGCUACCUGGGCAUCUGUGUGCUAGGCUGACAUUGAAGACGUGUCUCUUCAAGGAAUUCUCCCUAAUCCCAACUGCAGUGCGGUACGCACUUCCUGCCCACAGAAGCGGAGUACCACUCUAUCUAAAGCUGCUCCAGUGUUUAAUACAUGAUGCUUAGCCCUAGCACCAGGGGGAAUAAUGUUACAUGACCGCACGUGGCUGUGAAGAUUUGUGGCUAAGCUGAUGUGUUACCUACGCUUUCCGUGUGACAUCACUUCUUCUGUAGGUUACCAUGUGUAUGUGCUGUACAUCCAAUCAUACGCGGAGAAGGGACUGCCGGUACGGAGACUGGCAAACAUCAUGAAUACAGUGGGGUUUGCUGCAUACAUACUCUGCAUGUUGUGUGCAAUAUGCAAGUGUUUCAUAGCCAUAGGUGACUGCCAUAUGAGGGGUUGUCACAUGAUCAAUCAAGGCCGCUGUGCUGUCCUGACCCUCCCUCGUAACAGGGGAAAUACUACAUU